AUGGCGCACUUGCUUAGCGGUGCCUGCCUGGGGAAUAGGGAGCAGGCCAGAUGGUUCCUCAGAGUAGCGCGAGCGCAGACGGGGACGGCGAUCAGCAAAGUAGCCCAGGCGGCACCCGACUCCAAGGAUACGCUGAAGACGCUGAGGAUAGCGCAUGUCGCUGCGCUGAAGGGCUCACGCUAUAGGGUGCUGGAUGAGGACGGGUACGAUGCACUAGCCCCAGCCGUCGGGGGGGUGUUGCCGGCGCUGGUAGAUGAUCUCUCGGAGAAGAGCCGGAGGGACCUUGGCGCCGGGGUCACGAGGAACUUGCAAAUCGUGGCCGAGGCGGCGACGGGAGCGGUGCAGAGGCUGGUGCUCACGCGAAAAGGAAUCGACGCGAUGUGCAAAGCAUACAAGAAGGGGAGAAGGAAGAGGAGAGACGCCAGUGAUGACUAA